CCUUAUCCAGUUCUCUGUUUGGGGACACCGGGGGUUGGGGGAGCUGGGUCCCACCCACCACCAGCAAUUGUUCUAUAUUAUUAUUUCACGACCCCAAUCCCAAACCCACUCUCAUUCUUCUCCUUCAUCCAUAUUCCCCCUUCCUUCUUUUGCACUGUCAUAGUGAAGCUCUGAGAAUGACGACGGCCAUGGCGAUGAAGUCGGCUAUUCUUCGUUCGUAUUGUCCCCUUCCUUUGCUUUCCCAAGCAAAAGCGGAACUUCCCCAUACAUCAAUAAGGGCCCUGUCCCCCACCGUCACUUGUUGUUCUUCUUCUUCUCCUUCUGCUGCUAUAGCUUCAAGAAACGUCCCCAAGCUGGAGCCGUUUAGCCGGAGCAAGUUGGAUCGGGCUCUCAAGGACCCGCCUCUCAUCCAAAAGUCUCUCAACGAACUUGCUGAUUACUGUGUAAAUCUUGAAGGCGACGAUGCUUAUAGCGGCUGGAGAGCUUAUUUCGAGCUGAAGGACCUCCAAGAUAGGGUUUCAAAGGAGGAAGUCGAGAAGCUGAUUCUCCAAGCUGGUGGAGUGAAAUCCUUGAUUGGUUGCCUACACGGUAUCUCAUCGAUGCACAGCAAAAAGGAAGGCAGUAGUGGCUCCCCUGCCUCUGGUGAUGCUCAGCAAAGUGUUAAGAAGCAGAGGGAGAGGCUAUGCCCGAUCCCCGACGGCCUGCCGAAAUCUCGAGAGGAGAUGGAAGAGGACGAGAGGGCUAGGAUGCCUGAUUCAUCCUAUACUAGGUUGCUUAGAACUAAAGGGAGGCUUCCUGCUUGGUACUCUCUUGCUCCUGACCAUGAAACUGAUUGAUCGAUUUUGCCCUCUGCUGCUGCUUUCUUUCAUCGGUUGCCUGCCUCCAUGUAAAUAUAUAGGUAUUCGUUUUGCGUAGGUGAGUUUUCUUUUGGAAUUUGUUGGCCCAACUGCUCAAAUUUUCUUUUGAUGUUGUAUACUUAUAGCACUUUAUGCUCGUUGUGCCGACUAUGUCAUUGUACUUCAAGCGGGGAGCUCUCUGUGAUUUAAGUGUUGGCUUUUCUAAGAGUGCCUAGAGAAAAGCUUUCUUUGUUAUCAAACUUUGAUCCUAGUUCUCUGAAACAAUCCUGCCCCUACUGAUGAGUUCUUUUGAUACUGGUUUUGGUCUUGAAUCUAAUUAAUGUCUUUUUGAUUUCGACUCGAUUUUAUAGCCGAAUGAUAGUGAAUGAAUCGUAUAUACUUUUCAUCAAGCAUGGAGCUAGGGUUGCAAUUGAGUCGAGUCAGGGUGGUCGACCUAGACCUAGCUUGAGCUUGGCUCCUAGAAAUGAUACGAGUUCUAGCUCGAUUAUGUGACAUUCAGGUCUGGAAAGCUAGUUCAACCUUGACGUGCUUAAUAAAAUUUUAGGUCAAAACUCGACUUCAUAAACUAGCAUGGAGCCCCAGCCACCUGGUUGGACCUCUUCCUGUCAAACAUCAUCCCUUCCAGCUCACCAAUCCCCAUCUUGAAACCAGUUUAGGGCGCAGCGGAUGUGAUUUGCCAGCACGUCCUGGUCUAGCUUUCGAGGAAAUCGAGUCACGGACAGCAGGGGCAGCCUUUGCAGGUUGAGGAGACUGGGACAUCGACUUCUGUAUAGAAAUUCCAUAACCUCUUGCUCUUGGGCGGACUGCCCCAACACUCUUCUUACCAUCAUCUACCACUUUCGCCUUCCCUUUUUCAGCCGUUGUGUAGCGGCGAGUUUGCUGUCCAACACUACCACCUCGAGCAGGAAGUCCAUUUUGACCUUGGUUCUGGCCACCUAACGUGCUCUGUUCCCCACCAAGUCCAGCUGUCAUAGAUUGCUGAGUUCUUGCAGCGGAUGAGAUCACUUUCCUGUUCAAAAUGGCCUCAACGCCCAACAAGUAUGGGUCUGCCCCAAGGCCAUCAUCCAUCUCUGCCUCAGGCCCCAAAGUCAUGUAACCUAAUAAAUGAAAAGUUGUAAGACAUACAUAAACUGAAAAUGUACUAUUUGAUUCUUGUUGAAGAAUUGUGUGAUUAGAGGAACUCACUUAGUUGAUUCAUAAAACUAGGUAUAUCAUGAUGGUUCACUUUGUAAAUAAUUACAGUUAUUAAUUAAUUCGAUGAUUGAUUGUUGCGGUGGAUAGUCCUAUGAUUUUGAGAUAUUUUAGUAUUUUCUCUCUUUAAUUCAAAAAAUACAUACGCAUUGUUGUGGUCUAGUUGGUUUGGGAUAUUGAUACAUGAUAAUAGGAGUAUACUAACUGUCAUUUACGACUUUAUCAUUGUUUUCACAAAUUACCACCCACAUACCAUAGUGGUAAAGUAUGGUAAUUUUUGAUCUAGUAUUUUUUUCACUCAGAAAUUUAUAGAUCCAAUAGAUCAUGAUGAACUCGUUCCUUCUAAGCAAAUGUUUUCAAAAACGACUUAAAAAUGAAGAAAUUACCAUAUGGUAUGUAGUUGGUAAAAAAAAGUUUCUCGAAAUAUAUUGAAAAUUGAUAUCAUUUCCAUCUGUGCAAAAAAAUUUGAAAUUCGAGUUAGAACGAAGAAGAUAAGAACCGAUUAAGAAAACUAGGGAAAAUAAAUUGCUUUUAGAUCUGAAUUUUCUGGACCACUUAGAUUUAAAGGUUCAGAUUUAGUUAUUUAUAUCCUAAGCCCUGGCUUGCGAUUGGCCAAGUCGUUCGCAGGAUUUUCAAUAGCACUCCGUGUGUCUUCUCUGAUCUUCCUAGGUUGUCCGACUGGUGAUUUACCCAAGUCUCCAUCGACGCGCUCCCCGUCUUUCGCUGCUAUGUUUCCACCUAACUUCUAGCCCCUCGAUUCUGAUCGGGUUCGCAUCACCAUCUCAAUUACAUGUUCCACAAUUCCAAUUACCAUUCUGCAGUCUUUGUACAUUCUAAUUUCACUUCUGCGUUUGUCAAAUUCCUACCUUCUCAAUUGUAAUUUAUUCCUACUAACAACCCUGUUCUAGAGAUGUAGGGCAAAAUCAGUAAAAAUGUAAUCGAAUUGUUAUUGGUAUGCUUCAACAUUCAGAUGUUAAAAUGGAUACGUAAUCUUUCUUAAGAAUCAAACAGUGAAGACGAAGUAUGUACAACUUGGAUUAGAACAGCUAUGAGAAAUGGAAUUCUGCUGCUUUCGUUCUUAACCAUCUCUUAAUCUUGCCUCAAUAUAUAUCUUUCAGAAUGAUUUUGAUUCCUUUGUUCUUUUAGCAACAUAUCUGCAAGGAGAAAAGGGAGUGAAUAACAUGGGAAUAGUCCAUGAGAGAGCACAUUGACAAGCAUGGCAGCAGUGGAGGAAGUGAAUGCACCCGGUGGAGCAGUUUAGAGUUCAUGAUAUGACCACUUCUCUUCUGAGUAAUUUCAGAAACUAAACUCUUUAAGCUUGAUAGUAACAACAUGGAAGAAGUUUCAGUGGCCAAAAUAAUAUUUUGAAUUUAUUUGUUAGAGAAUCACUCUAUAUCAUCAAUUUAUUUGAUACUAUGGCCAAUUUAUAUUGCUUGACAUGAUUCCACAAAACCUGUAAGAAAAUGAAGGUGCAGUGCUCUUUUUUUUUCCCCCUGCAAAAGGACUAGAUUUUUUGUUCAGGGAGAUCCCCACCGUCGAAGGCAAGUUGGAUUUGUUGAAAAUUGAAAUUUUAGUUAGAAACUACCAAUCAGGGUUUGUAUGCAAUUACAUUUUUAUGGCUGUUUGUUGUUUCUAUGCUAUUACUUGAUUCUUAUUCUUUGUUACUCUGCCUUUCAUAUCUGCAGGUUCAAGAUUACUGCCCCUGGUGCAGGUAUUGGUGUUCACUUUUGCUUACUAUGCUAUAAAUGUAAUGCAACUGC